CAGAGAGUCUGUGGAAAUAUGCAGGACCAAACUUGGUACCUGGACACCAUGGAAACCUGCUUAGGAUUGAAAUGAUCAAAUGGUAUUCAACACAAACGACUCGUGCUGGGGUUUCCCUUCUCUUAUGUAGGCUAGAUGAUCAGAUGACGUUCUCAAAUUAAUUUAAAUAUUCAGAUGAAUUUCAAUUGAUAAACAGCACUUUUUAUGGAAAAACUCCAAACAAUUAUGGUCUUAAAGUAUCAUGUGACCGUUUUCCAUUUGAAAACGAGGAGGCUCUCCACAACGAAUACCUGGCGGCUACCUAAGUCAGCUGGACGACUAAACUCGUUAAGCGAGCGUCAUGACGACAUGACUUUGCGUGCACCCCCCCUGCUUUGUAUCUCCGGCGUAGCGCUACUCCUGGCUGACAGCUACCUCCCCCGCCUUCUUCGCUCUCCCGCAACCUUGCCGCUAUCUUUAGCAAAGGUCCGGUUAACAGGGCAGUCCGCGCUGUGUGUACACAGGGAGCAGCAGGCUACCUGGACAGACGGGACCUUUGCGUGCUGCGUUUGGUUUCAUUUGGCCAAACAAGCCUCAGUAAACUGUGUCUCCCGCCAGAGCAGGGGACUGGGGAAUGACUAGCCCCAAUUCCCCGGGUCUGUUUCUCCAUCCGUAAGGAGCGCUAUCAGUGAUGCUACCUCCGAUAGGUAUGAAAAGCCGACCCGGGCCCUUGCUUGCACCCGGAAUCCUCAUGUGUGCACUUCUCGUUGCUGUCAGUGCUAGCAUGCCAGACAAGUGUCCCGGCAGUCUGGACUGUGCCCGUGAGAAACGCCACUUCUGCCCGCCAGGCUCCACCCACUGCGGCCCGUGCCUCACCCCAUUGGAGGAGAAUGAGGAAGGGCAGUGCGUGGUCAGGAAGAGGCACGCCCAUUCCGGCAAAUUGACCUCUCGUCCUGAGCUGGAUGAAGAGAUUGACUUCCUGUCUGCCGUCAUUGCCAAACAGCAGGACACAGGGGCCAAACAAUCAGUGACGCCCACUCAGGUGUCACCCAAAGCCAACCCAGAGGGCCCCGUGCAGAAGAAGCCGCCCAAUGCCACAGCGGGACUUCCCAAGACGAGCGCCGCCCCCACCCCGCUGCCCCCCCCGCCCCCCACCGAGCGCUCUGGGAGGGGGCACCACCCCCUGGUGGCCCCCUACCCCUCCAGGGAUCGGAUGCUGAUCACCUUGGUCGGUGUGUGUGUCAUCGUCGGGAUGGUUGCUUUGAUCCUGUCAGCGGUGUGCUGGAUCAGGCUGCAGAAGGACACGCGGCUGGCGGAGAAGGUGGACUACCCGGCGUUCUGCGGGGCGCCGCCCGCCUCGUCCUCCGACAGGACCUCGCCGGGGGAUAAGAAGCUGGCGCAGAGUGCCCAGAUGUACCACUACCAGCACCAGAAACAACAGAUGCUGUCCAUGGAGAAACACAAAGAAGAGGCCAAGGUUUCGGACUCUGGGGCCACGUCAGACGAGGAGAAUGAGGACGGGGACUUCACAGUGUACGAGUGCCCUGGGCUGGCACCAACUGGGGAGAUGGAGGUGAAGAACCCGCUUUUCGAUGACUCCACUCUACAACCCCAGAGGAACCACAAGUAGCUCUGGGAGGACACGUACAGACAGACACACACACACACGCGCACACACACAUGCGCACACACGCGAUACACAUGCAAAUCAAUACAAGUCCUCUGGAAGAUGCUUGCCAGGCAUCCCCGAUCCUGAACACCUUUCAGAAAGAAAGAGCGGUGGAAAGUGAAGGAAGGGACAGAAGAGAGCCUAAUGAAGAGACGAGAGGAGGUGACGAUCACUUGCCCCCCGAUGGACACUCAGUGUAACUGCUUCCCACUUUGAGGAGCUCCCACUGUUUGCCCAGAUCUUGGCCACUCCCUUCAGACUGCAUUGGACUAUUCCCCUGAUCCUGCGCCCCCCCCCCACACACACACACACACACAAUUGCUUUGACCAUCUGGCUUUACAUAAUAUCUGUUUUUCUGACACUCUAUUGCUGUUUUCGUAUUGUUAUUUUUCUAUACGUCGUGCUCCUUGUUUUCCGUUUGAACGCUCUGAGAGAUCAGCAGCAUACAUAGAUAAUGUUGUGGCUGCUUUUUUCAGUUUCUCUUUUGCUUUCUGUAUACUUUGCUCGUUCUCUCGUGGUGAAGUCACCACCGUUGUCUCUCCCUGUACGACCGGUGUUCUUCAUGUUUGCUUUUUCCUAUUCUAAGCAGUAGACCGUUUUCCCAAAGCUGUAACAUUGUAGAGGUUGAAUGAGAUAAAACACACACACACACUCUCACACUCACUCUCUGACACACACAUACCCACACACACACACACACACACACACAUUCCAUUGUCAUCCUUAAUUUUAGGCUCCAGGACCAGUGUCACACUGUGCAAAUCUGUUCAUGUAAACAUAUCUGACUGGUUAUCACAGAAGCGUAAAAGCGCACCGUUUUUGGUGGAUUUUUCCCCCCAAUCUGGACCCCCCCCAUGACCUCUGAACAUUAUUGCUUGCUGACCGGAGGCGGUCUGUAAAAUGGACUGGGAGGAGUAUAUUACACUGUGCUCUGACUGACAUAAAGAGGAAGGAGAUCCGGGGCUCACUGUUAGUGCCACAUAUACUGUGAGUCUUUUUUUAUUUCCGUUGUCUUUUUUUUUUUUUUUUUUUACUGCAGGUCAGUGCAGUCAGGCAAACAUGCACACGUAUGUAAUCUACCUGUGCCGUCCAAAGGAUGGUGCAGAUAUUUUUUUAUUAUUAUUAUUAUUAUUAUUAUUAUCUUUUUUUUUAUUUUUUACAUUGGACCCAUGAUAUUUUAAUGAGCGUCACAUAUGGAUGUACGCAGUAGAACUGGAUCGCGCGUAGGCAUUAUUCUACUGGCUGACAGAAUUGCAUGAUGCGAUUUCACUUCCUUGAGAAAGAAAGUGGAAAAGUAGAUUAUCCUCUGUUUCUGUGUAUGUGUGUAUUCACGCACAUAUACAUGCAUACAAAUGUGGGGUACCCUCCAGUCACACAGAAUAGUUUGUCUGGAUUGGAAGCAGACAUGCAUCAUGACGAACGUCAUUGUUUGUGAUGAAAUUCCAAAGCUGCGUAAAACUCUAAAACCAGUCCAGUGACCGAGCCCGCAGAAUACCGAAAAUAUCUCAGAACGACUUCAGCCACCCCCUCUCCCUCUUUUAGAAGAAAAAACAAAAACUGGCUCACCAAACACCUCUUACCGGACCUCCUGUAAUGUAAAUACUUUUUUUUUUUUUUAAAUGUUCAGAGAGAAAUAAAUUAAUAUUUGCCGAUCUAUAUUUAUUUGUACAUAGUGACUCUUAUCGCCUGGUUCAGAAUCCCCUGUCCUGAUUGAACGGAGCUCUUUAGUUUCGCAGUUUGACCCCCGUGACGGACGUGGGCAUGCCACUCACGUCCCUCUGGAAUGCUGUGACUAGAGGAAUUUACCGCUUCUCGUGGACAAACGGCCUCCAAAGCAAUUCCGCCUUAUUCAACCAAGUCCUGUUUAGAUCAGUGAACGAGGGAGUGAAUUUAUAAGUACAGCUACUCCUUGUGCCGUGAGAAUCAACUGAGGUAUCGUCGACCUUAGUGGUCACAAGGUGACGCCAUUUCAGGAGAGUGAGUCUGAUCAAAUGAGCAGCGUUUCUCUUCCCCCAGAGACAGAGUCUCUGAUUUCUGUCCGACUCGUUUGAUUGUGUCUCUCUUUGGCUAAAGGCCCAAAGCCUCUGCUUCCUGCUCUGAUCAUUCCUAUGGAGAGAUUUAAAGAUUUUAAAAAUGAAAAAAAAAUAACUGGCUAAAUCCGGGCUAGUGCACCAGUAGUUCUGCGUUUGAGGACAACAGACAGACGAAGGACAGGCUGCACGAAAAGGGAAAGGAGCUGACUGUAGUUUUGCGACCGAGACGUCUUCUGUCUGUUUGUGACAGCAAAAAUCCGUACGCCCCAACCCCACCCCCAAACCAGCCAGAGAUCUUCGGAAACAAAGUUUUUCAUAGCAAACCGAUAGCCUGCACACAAACCUCCCUGUGGUCAAAAUGCUGUGGCCGCUAACAAAUUCAACUGAGCUCUGUCUCAAUAUGAGAUGAAGCCCCUCCCCUAUUACACAAUUUACCACCAUGUUCUGUCAUGAGUGUGUCCUAUAAAAAAAAAAGCUCCUUUUAAAAAUGCAUAAUUUUUUUAGAAUUUAAACUUUCAUGGGCUGCUGGGUGGCUCUGUAAGCAACAUGGAUGAGCCCCAGUCUCAGGUUGAAUCUGGACCGUGCCGGUGCUGACUGGCUAGCAGUGUGAUCACAUGGCCCAGGGGUACAGGAGGGCACAGUCACUUAGGGGUCUGCGUUUCAUCGCUCUCCAGUGACCUCCGAUUGGGCCGAGUGGGCAUUUGCGGGCAGCUUGCCGCACAUGGCAAGUCCUCCUCUGACUCCACUCUGUGAGCGCCUAGCAGCGGUCUGUGGUGUGAAGGGAAGCAGCUGGCAACACCAUGUCAGGAGGCGACAUAGCUCGGGUUGUUUGUCUGGCAGUCGGAUGGUUGCCGGUUCGAUCCCCCUGCCCUGGGCGUCUUCGAAAGUGUCCCUCAACAAGACACCUAACCCCUAAUUGCUCCCAAACGAGCUGACUGGUACCUUGCAUGGCAGCCUUUCACCGUUGGUGUGUGAGUGUGUGUGUGAUUGGGUGAGUGAGAGGCAUCGAUUGUAAAGCAUCUUGGAUAAAGGCGCUAUAUAAAUGCAGUCCAUUUACCACGUGUUUCAGAGAACCGCAGAUGUCUACGCCCUCCUGAAACAGCGGCAUGGUAAAUGGAUGGUAAAUGGACUGCAUUUAUAUAGCGCCUUUAUCCAAAGCGCUUUACAAUUGAUGCCUCUCAUUCGCCAGAGCAGUUAGGGGUUAGGUGUCUUGCUCAAGGACACUUCGACAUGCCCAGGGCGGGGUUUGAACCGGCAACCCUCCGACUGCCAGACAAUCGGUCUUACCUCCUGAGCUAUGUCGCAUGAACGCGCCUGCGGCGGCAAACGGCUAGUUGGACGUUCCAGAUUAGGGUUGGGAAUUACUGGAGACCCAUGUUCAGCCCCAAGUUGGGUUUCAAUAUUUUAAUAAAGAAAACAUAAUUUAUUUACAUUCCUUACAAUUCAGGCUGUGGGAUCAGUCAGAAAAAUAGAUUGUUCUUUCCUAAAAGGAAAUAAAUAAAUACGCUAUCAGCAGAGUAAAUACAAAUAAUAAAAGACAAAGACAAGAAGUCCAUAAAUAAAACUAAAGACAAACUCAAGGACAGGAUACAGUGUUAUUUGCAUGCUGUCAUAAUAAAUAACUGGAAGGAGAAGAUUAGUGGGGAUGCAUGUAAGUGUGUAGCUUGGCACUCUCAUGCUACUUUGGGAUCCUCAGUAUUUCUUCUACCAAAACAAACUUAACCAAGUGACAGUUGCUUUCUGGCUGUUUCUGUUUGAAACAUAUCGGUACAAGAGAAUGUCUGAAAUGCGGAGUUAACUCUUAACAUGCUAUAAAAAAACGAACCAUAUUGAAGUACACAUUCUGCACAGAAACAUUAGGCAGGAGAGAUAAAGAAGUCAACAUUUAAGGGUUGCCUCCUGACACACACACACACACACAUGCACACAGCUAUACAUACAUGCCAGACCAGAUACACACACUCACAUGCUCUAUGAGUGUGUUCACCUAUAAUUCCAUGUGGAUUAUUGUGAUUUUUAAAAUAUAGCAAAUUUGCUCCUGUCCUGUCAUCUUCUAUUACUGUAGAGCAGGGGUGCACAACUCCGGUCCUGGAGGGUCGAUCUGUGUGCUGGUUUUUGUUCCAACCGAUUACCAUUUCUUUCAGCUCUAUAAACUAUGCUGCUUCGCUCCUGUACUUGAGCACAGUGAAAUCUUGGAUAAACCGGCAGACCGUGACUCUAGCUGUUGCUUAUACACAUGUCAGAUUAAGGUUUGAUUGGGCCAAUUCAAUAAAUGUUGGGAAAUGUUGGCACAAAAUCCUGAAAUGGAUUGCGCCUUGUUGUGCACCCCUGCUGUAGAGGGAUUCCCUCUGUUACCAACCAAAGCUUUCUGUGGGCCAAGAGUUGUGCGAUUGUUAGGAACCCCUCCAAAUGUAGUUUUCUUUCUUUAAAAUCAUGUGGGGGGGGGGAUAGAGAAAUCUAAUGGGAUUCAGAGUAAUUCACAGUAAAAUCUAAUGGGAUUCAAUGAUAGUUGGGACGUUUUAAAAGCUGGUUGGUUGAUUGUCUUGAAAAUAUGUCCAGGAGUCAAUGUUAGGUGGGGGAUUUUGCUUAAUAUUUUGGAGGAAUAAGAUCCCAGGCAUUUGGGAUGUGCGUACGGCCCUUUAAAGUGCUCCCAUUGGCACAUGUAGGUGUAUAUUUGGGGGAGCAGUUAAGGGGGCAGGUUCCAGCUGAUCUGGCCGUGGGCCGUUAAAGGCUAUUGUCCCACCUGAGAGCAGGGGGGGAGGCUGCUUGUGGGUCAAGGUAGGCAGACGGCUCCCAAAUCGCAGUCGUCCCGGGACAACAGCUUUCUGAGAGCUGCGACCGUCCUUGUUACCAUGGCGAAACCGUGGGACGGGCCCGGUGAACUGGUCCUGCAAGUGCUGACUGGAAUUCUACUGCUUUGUGUGGUGGUGGUCAUGGGGGUGGGGGUGGGGGUGGGGGGGGGGCGGGGGUGGCAGAGGUGCUACAGCUGAAAAUCAGGACAGACUGGGUCUGGGUCAUGGUAUGGGAGAUGCCAUUUAACUGCAUGGAAAUGUACGUGUAGAUAUAUAUUUUUAUUAUUUUUAAACCCCAACUCACCCCCCACCCCCCACGCCCCCACCCCGCCCUCACACUGCCCCACCCCACCCCCCAUCUGGCUGUAGAAGGAAUGAUGUAAUGAAUUGGCCCAGCAAUUGAUGUCAAUGGUUCUCAGCCAUUUAGGAGACAUUAAACAGAGACUAGGUUUUGGGGUGGGGUGGGGGCAGUGUACAAACAGGUCUGAGAAAUGGUGGUUUGGGAGGCAUUAGGGUGGGGGCAGUCACCUGACUUGAGGAGAAAAUGAACUAAUGGGGCAGAUUUUUGGAGGGGGGUCACCAAAAUUGAACCCCUUAACUUUUAACUGCUGGUUUUGCUGGGAUGUGAUGUCGUAUGCACUUCGGAGAUAUACAGAUUGUACGGGGCUGUUGAACUGUAGACUUGGGGGAGAGUAUAAAGUGGACUCAAACAUUAUGAUAAAAUAAAAGCAUUUAUAUUACA